UUUGGAGAGAGAUCCCAGAGACCACAGUUCCAGGCAGGCAUUUUCUGUGCUCACGUGGGUUAGAACAGCCUUCAGCCAUGGGACAAGCCCUGGGUAUCAAGAGCUGUGACUUCCAGGCAGCAAAAAAUAAUGAGGAGCACCACACCAAGGCCAUCAGCGCCCGCCACCUCGUUGUGAGGAGGGGGCAGCCUUUCACCAUCACCUUGUACUUCCAUCGCCCAGUCCACACAUUCCUGUCCACCUUGAAGAAGGUGGUCCUCGUUGCACAAACUGGUAAGCAGCCUUCCCAGACCAACAGGACUCAAGCUACAUUCCCCAUUUCCUCUCUGGGGGACCAAAAACAGUGGAGAGCAGUGGUCAAGGAGAGAGAUGACCAGUUCUGGACCAUUUCUGUGACCUCACCUGCUGAUGCUGUCAUUGGCCACUACUCACUCCUGCUGCAGGUCUCAGGCAGGGUGCAAUAUCCUUUGGGCCAAUUCACACUGCUCUUUAACCCCUGGAAUAGAGAGGAUGCUGUAUUUCUGCAGAAUGAGGCUCAACGCAACGAGUACGUGUUGAACCAGAAUGGCUUCAUCUAUCUGGGCACCGCUGACUACAUUCAGGAAGAGCCCUGGAACUUUGGCCAGUUCGAGAGGGAUGUCAUGGACCUCAGCCUGGGCUUGAUGGGUGUGGACAAGCAUAUGGAAAAGUGGAGCCAACCUGUGUAUGUGGCCUGUCUGUGGGGCGCCUUGCUGCACGCUCUCAAGGAGAAGAGAGUUCUGCCCACCCCGCAGACCCAGGCCACCCAGGAAAGGGCCUUGCUCAACAAGCGGCGGGGCAGUGCACCCAUCCUGCGGCAGUGGUUCACUGGCCAAGGGCGACCCGUGUAUGAGGGUCAGGCCUGGGUGUUAGCAGCUGUUGCUUGCACAGUACUGCGAUUCCUGGGGAUCCCAGCCCGUGUUGUCACCACAUUCGCCUCAGCUCAGGACACUGGUGGGAGCCUGUUGGUGGAUGAAUAUUACAAUGGGGAGGGGCUCCAGAAUGGAGAAGGCCAGAGAGGCCGCAUCUGGAUUUUCCAGACUUCAGUAGAGUGCUGGAUGACCAGGCCUGAUUUGUCCCAGGGUUAUAAUGGAUGGCAGGUUCUAUACCCAAGAGCUCCGAGUGGAGGUGGAGUUCUGGGGUCCUGUGAUCUGGUCCCAGUCAGAGCAGUCAAAGAGGGAGCACUGGAGGUGACCCCUGUGGUGUCAGACCUUUUUGCCAUGGUGAACUCCUCAUGCGUGGUCUGGAAGUGCUGUGAGGAUGGGAAAUUGGAAUUGACCAACUCCAACACAAAAUAUGUUGGUAACAACAUCAGCACAAAGGUUGUGGGCAGUGACCGUUGUGAGGACAUCACCCAGAACUACAAGUACCCUGCAGGAUCUCUUCAAGAAAAAGAGGUGCUGGAGAGAGUCCAGAAAGAGAGAAUGAGACAGGGGAAAGACAAUGGCAUCCGUUGUCUCAGUCUCCAGCCGGCUGAUUCUUUCUACCUGUUCUUAGAGGCACCCAGCUCCCUCCCCCUGAGAGGGGAUGCCCAACUCUCAGUAACCCUGGUUAAUCCCAGUGACCAGGAAAAGGAGGUGCAGCUGGUGAUUGGGGCCCAGGCUGUAUACUACAAUGGAGUCUUUGCUGCUGAGCUCUGGAGGGAGAAGCAGUCCCUGAGACUCGGGGCCAACCAAGUUGUGAGAAUAACCACCAGCCUGUCCUUCUCCUGUUUUGAGCGAAACCCACCUGAGAACAGCUUCCUCAGACUCACUGCAGUGGCUACACACUCUGAGUCCAGCCUCAGCUGCUUUGCUCAGGAAGACAUUGCCAUUUGUAGACCACACCUCAUCAUCAAGAUGCCAGAGACAGCAGAAAGGUAUCGACCUCUUACAGUCUCAGUCAGCAUCCAUAACUCCCUGGACUGCCCCAUGGAGGAAUGUGUGAUCUCCAUCUUUGGAAGGGGACUCAUCCACAAAGAGAGGAGAUACAGAUUAGGUCCUGUGUGGCCUGGAAACACCUUGUGCACCCAGUUCCAGUUUGUGCCAACAGAAUUGGGGCUUCAGAGGCUCAUGGUGGAAAUGGAUUGCAAUAUGUUCCAGAAUCUAAUCAGUCACAGAAGUGUCACUGUGGUAGCCCCUGAACCUUCAGCUUAAACUUCCUUCUCUAUUACCACUCUCCCCAACCAACACCUGAAACUACACUCUAAAACCAAACAUGUGCUGGGGAGAGAAACUCUGCUUAUCAGAUAAAUGAGUCUUCAUUCAAGUUGAGCAGAACAGGGAUUAAGAACCCAACUAGAUUCCCAGAAAUCAACAGAUUCUCAUUCAUUCAUUUCUGUCACCCCAGCUUAAGGCAGCCAGAGACUAGUUGUCUUCAAAUAGAAACUACUAGGCAUAAGAAACAUAAGAAAGCCUUUGAAAAGGUAGGGAGAUAACUAAUUUAGAGUUUUUUAGUAUCUUUUCAGAGUACAUUCACAUUUUUUUGGGUUUGAGGUUUUUCAUAACCAUUAAUACAUUCAUUAACUUAUAGGUAAUGGAAAGAACCUAAUAUUAAAUCAUUCUUCUAUUUUGGAUGAUGUAGGACAAUAUUAGCUAAAAGUCAGAUUUUUAUGUAAUCCUAAAAUUGCAUUGAUUACUAUAUCCCCAACCAUUAUCCUUAGACCUGAAGAUGACUGAAUAAAGAAUAUAUAGGAGCUAAGAGCAGGAUGAUCUAGAUUUAGCUGUACAUACAUCUUUUACUAGAGUUUUAAAUUCAUUAAAUAUUACACAACUAAAGUCUGAUGUAAAUAACAUGAAUUUGGUCCAGUCAAGAAAUGUGAAAAUUAGAAAAUAGGCCCUAUGAAAAAGGAUAAAAGAAUAGGAAUCCUUUUGUACAACAUUAUGAUUUUUCUUAUUUAUGUUACUAGUUUUAGUUCCUUCUCUUUAUAAUACUUGUUGAAAGUAUAAAAAGGCACUUUUUAAAAGUAGGUUAAAGGUCAAUUUGGCUUAAGGAAGUUCAACCCCACAUGUAUAUAUACUAGUCACUGAAAAGAAUGACUGCUAAAGAAAUCAGAAAGAUAGAUGUGAUGAAUUAUAUCUAAAGAAGGAAGAGAACCUGAGGGGGUGAGACCUGUAGUAUAUGUACAAGGCUCAAUUCAGGUCAACACAAUAUACAUCACUACAGUUUUACCCUGCUUUCCAGUAUGUAAUCUACAAUGAAAACAUUUAAUUCAGUUGUGAUGGUUUUACAAAAGGAUGUACCAAAAAAUCCCUUA